AUGUGGGAUUUUGCCAUAGAAGCUGUUGUUUCGGAGAUUGAUGAUCCUAAGGAAGGUGAGGUUGCUGAUGAAAGGCUGGGAUGCACGGACGCAGCUCCAGACCCAGCGCACCUACAUCCGACACGGCAGGACGCGGCGAUGCGGGAGGGACGCCGCAAACCGCGCAUCCGUGCCGCGUCGUGCCACAUGGAUUUCCCGACUUGCGCCGACGUGGCUCAAAUUGGGCCGUACCAACUGUAUCGGCAAAAACCGCCGAAAUGGCCGGUUCAAGCCGAAACGUAUGUGACUAAAGUAGAAAAACCACCUGGUGCUUCUGUUAAAUCAGGUGGAAACACAUACUUUAAGUGCAACUAUUGUGAUAUAGUUUUUAUGGGAUCCUAUUCUAGGGUUAAGGCUCAUUUAUUACAAAUUUCUGGCAAAAGUAUUAGAGCAUGCGUUAAGGUGUCAAAGAGCCAUAGGUUGGAAAUGCAGCGAAUGCAUGAUCAAGUUGAGAAUAAUAAGUUAGAGAGAGAACAGAGAAGUCAAAUUCUCUUACCCCCACCUCCCCCAAACUGUGGGAUACCUAUUUCCCCAUUUUGGAGACAGGAAGGGAGUGAUAGUAGUCAUAGUACAAAUCCGGUUGAUGCUAAGAGGAGGAAGGUGACUAUGAAUACUACUUUGGAGAAAGCAUUCCAAAAUAAUGCUAGACAUGAUUUGGAUAGCAGAAUUGCUAGGAUGUUUUACACCGGUGGGCUUCUGUUUAACUUUGCAAGGAACCCACAUUAUCGUAGUUCCUAUACAUUUGCUGCUACCCAUAGCAUUCCGGGUUAUCUUCCUCCUGGAUACAAUGCCUUGAGAACAACACUUUUGCAAAAAGAAAGAGCUCAUGUUGAAAGACUUUUGAAACCAAUUAAGGACUCUUGGCUUGAAAAUGGUGUAAGUAUAGUUUCUGAUGGAUGGUCAGAUUCACAAAGGAGGCCUCUUAUUAAUAUUAUGGCUAUAUCAGAUGGGGGUCCAGUGUUUAUAAAGGCAAUUGAUGGGUCAGGUGAGUUCAAAGACAAACUUUAUAUUGCUGGGGUGUUGAAGGAUGCUAUAAAAGAGAUUGGACAUGAAAAAGUUGUCCAAGUCAUCACUGAUAAUGCUAAUGUGAUGAAGUUUGUUGGAGCUCUUAUUGAAGGUGAGUAUUCUAAAAUACUUUGGACACCUUGUGUUGUCCACACUCUCAAUCUAGCUUUGAAGAAUAUUUGUGCAGCAAAAAACACUGAAAAGAAUGAAGUUACAUAUGAGGAAUGUAGUUGGAUUACACAUGUUGCUGAUGAUGCAUCCUUCAUACGUGUUUUUAUCAUGAACCAUUUAAUGAGGUUGGCAAUGUUUAAUGAAUUUUGUCCAUUAAAACUGCUCCAAGUUGCUGAUACUAUAUUUGCUUCGGUGGUUGUAAUGUUGAAAAGGUUGAAGUUGAUAAAAAGAUGCCUUCAAGCCAUGGCUAUUAGUGACCGAUGGGCUUCUUAUAGGAAGGAUGAUGUUGGAAAAGCUCAAAAGGUGAAAGAUAUGAUUCUAAGUGAUCUUUGGUGGGAUAAUAUUGAUUAUAUCCUUGAAUUCACAGCACCCAUUUACGAUAUGCUACGAAUAACCGACACAGAUAAGUCUUGUCUUCAUCUUGUGUAUAAGAUAUGGGAUUCAAUGAUAGAGAAGGUGAAGGCAGUAAUAUAUCGACAUGAAGGCUUGGAAGAUGAUCAAUAUAGCUCAUUUUGGGGUGUGGUGUAUUACUCCAUUGAAUGGCUUUCGGAGAAUCCAAAACGCAUCCCUCCACAUCAGGAUCAUGAAAUUUCUAUGGAAAGAAGCAAGUGUUUGGAGCGAUACUUUGAAGAUGAGAAUGACUUAACGGUGGUGAAGUUUGAGUUUGCUAAAUUUUCAGGAGGGAAGUUUCCUUCACCAGGUGCCUUGACAGAUAGGUGGGCCUUACAACCUUUGGUUUGGUGGCAAUACCAUGGCUUUGCAUUUCCAACUCUUCAAACCCUUGCCCUUAAACUUCUUGGACAACCUUGCUCAUCCUCAUGUGUUGAGAGAAAUUGGAGCACAUACAAAUUCAUUCAUUCCUUAAAAAGAAACAAAAUGGCUCCUGCAUACGCUGAGGAUUUGAGCGACAUACAUGGAGGAGCUGGAAUUCUUGAGAAUGCAGCUCUUACACUUGAUGAGCCAGAGUUGGAGGCCAUGGUUAUUGGGAAUGUUAACACUAGUGCUACUACUAGUGAAGUUCGAAGUGAAGUUCGAAGUGAAGCUAUUGAUCUUGAGAAUGAUGAUCUUUGUGUUUGA